AUGUGUUUUUCUCACGAUGUAAACUUGUUCUGUCAUGUUCCUUUUGUUAAUACUUUUGGUGCUAGUUGUUUGUUCUUAAUGUUUUAUUUUGAAAUUUUAAAAAUGCCAACACAGUCAGCACACCCGGCGCGGUACUCGCCAGACGACAAAUACUCCGAGCAACGUGUUACGCUGAAGAUGCGUUUCAACCUCCUACCUACUCAGCAACCUCCAGUCAUAUAUUAA